UCUCAAGUAUGAAAGUUCUGAGCUGUCACCACAUUCCCGCAUGCUUCGCUUCAGCUGAUGAAUGCACUGACGUAUAGGCUGCUCAACUGGAUGUCAUGCGCACCUUCCCUUUCCUUUUUUCUUGUUUUUUCUCCCUCUGGUCACCCAAUCAGCAAAGGCUGAAAGCUGCCCGGUUAAACUGGUCCGGGUGCAUAUGAUGUAUUUCAACACCCACACAAUGUUUUCUAACGCUCCAACAUUCGCGGUAAAGUCUCCAACUUGAGUUUAAUUUAAAAGAAUGUCAUAUGUCUGUGUGGAUUUGUCAGCCAGGACGAGCAAGAGUGGGAUAAGACGCCGCUUUGGGGGCUAGCAACAAAUCUAGAGAAUAAAUGGCAAAUCCUGAAGGCAGAGGAAAAGUGAAGCCAAGUCGUCCACCCCCUCCUCCACCGUCACCAAAAGGCCAGACCAGAGCUACACCUCAGAUACAACUGGACGGGCAGCAAUUAUAUGACAUCCCAGAGGAGACACAGCAGCCUAAAAUCAGAGCUAAAGUGAGACCCAGUCGUCCGCCCCCUCCUCCCCCGUCACCAAAGGCCCAGGCCCGUUCCCCACCAACACAUCAGACAAUCACCACACCUCAGAUACAAGCAGAUGGGGAGCUGUACGAAAACCCAGAUGAGACGCAGUCACAGGCCAGGAGGUAUGAGAGUGCUCAGGUUGACGGAGGCCAUGCGCAGCAGAGAAGCCCGAGGUCCAGCCUGCAUUCACAGCUCUCUCUGCCCACACAGCUUCCUCUGGCCAAGGGGCCCCACCAGGUUACCGGCAACUCGCAGGCCCAGAUUGUCCCUGCUGAGCCUCUGUACAUGGAUCCAGACGAAGAGCCUCAGUACACGGACCCAUAUGAGCCAACCUCCCCUGAGAAGGAGAAGACUGCCCCAAAGACUGGCCCAAAGCAACUGCAGCCUGAGAAGAACCCCCCUGGACCUGGUCCUCAGGAAAAGGAGAAGACUGGCCCAAAACAACUGCAGCCUGAGAAGAACCUCCCUGGACCUGGUCCUCAGGGUGGAAGCCCCGCUUUGCCUCCAAGACGUUCCCAUCACAGCCUCAAAAAGCUCACCAGGCAGAACUCUGUGGAGGAACUGAAGCAAGAACCACCAGAGGAGCCUUUGUAUGUUGAUAUAAUAGAGGAGCCCAUUUAUGUGGAUCCGGACGAGCUCAACCUUCCGGUCCUCACCAGGAAGCCCAAGCCUUCUCGGCCUCCUCCUCCCAAAAGCAGUUCCCUACUACGCCACUCAGCCUCUGAGUCAUCGCCUGUGGAGCCAUAUAAGUCACAGGCCAGGAGGUAUGAGAGUGCCCAGGUUGAUGGAGGCCACGCACAGCAGAGAAGCCCGAGGUCCAGCCUGCAUCCACAGCUCUCUCUGCCCACGCAGCUUCCUCUGGCCAAGGGGCCCCACCAGAUUUCCGGGAACUCGCAGGAGGAGUUGGACAUGCUAAUGGAAUGGUGGAAUACUACCAAAUGCUGGGAAAACAUAUAUGAAUCUGACAUCAACAGCAAAGUCCAAGAGCAAAACAAACAAACUCUUAUAUCUGAAGCCCAAAGGGUCAGGCUGGCCCUGCAUCUGUUCGAGUGUCUGCUGUUUCACCGGGUGAAGAUCUUCAACAACCACAUCACCCAGCUCUACGGCCUGGGAGACAAACUGGACCAGACCAACAAGAAGGCCAGGGUGGCGGGCAUCACAGGGGGCAGUGUGGCGGCUGCCACGGGCAUCGUCCUGGCCCCCUUCACUGCAGGCCUGUCCCUGGCCGCUACGGCCAUCGGCGUCGGGGUGGCGGUCCACGGUGCCAAGGGCGGCUCGUCAGCCAUCACCGACAAGCUGUACAGCGCCCAGGAGCGCAAGAAGGUACAAGAGAUCCUGCAGGAGCACCAGGUCCAGCGGCAGGACGUGGACGGCUGCCUGAAGUUCAUCCACACGGGCAUGGAGCGGCUACGCCGGUUCGAGCCCUCGGCGCAGUGCGACGUGGAGGAGGAGGUGGCGAAGAUGGCCCGGGUGGCACAGAUCCUGGGCAGCAGAACGACGUCUGGCAGCGGCGGCAGUGGUGUAGAUCCGCGGGCCGCCAACGGCUGGUCCCCAAGUAGCCUGCAGGCUCUGGCCACCAGCAUGAACAUCUACUUUGACGGAGAGGAGCAGCAGCAGGUGAAGAAGGGCCAGGAGACUAAGCUGGCCCGGAAGAUCCGAGAACUGGCCAGACAGAUGAAGUGUGGAGUGGACGAGCUGCUGCAGACCAGGAACAGGAUACGCACCGCCGUGGAGCAGGCAGAGAGGGGACACUGACCAGAGGAUAAGUAGGAUGUUCCUCCUUAUAUAGACUCCUACUUGUAAGGACUCCUACUAUUAGGCAGCUGUUGCCUAGGGUUAAAGAGACGGACUUUAUAUCAGAGGGUUGCCGGUUCGAAUCCCACCCUUCCACUCCCUGUCUCACUCGAUGGCUGAGGUGCCCUUGAGCACGGCACCUAACCCCACAUUGCUCCAGGGACUGGAAUCAAUACGCCUGUAAACAACUGUAAGUCGCUUUGGAUAAGAGCAUCAGCUAAGUGUAAUUUAAUAUAAUGUAAUAUAAGCAGCCUGCUUGGUUGUAUAUCUAUGCAGUUAUAAAACAGAGGCAUUGGGUCAUGCGCACCAAUGAUGCUUACACAAGCUGAUCACACACGCACCACUACAAUUAAUUGAAACAAAAAGUUGGGCCUCUUUGGGCCUCCACGAGUUUGUGCUUGUGUCCUCGUGCUUCUCUGGUGCCUUGCCUCUGUGGAGAAAAAGUGUUCCCGCCAUCAGCCUUGGCACAACAUCCCGAUUGCAAAUGAGGAAACGACCUUUGAAUUGCACUUUUGCUAUUAAACGUGCACUGUGUAAGAUUUUUAGUUGUUUAUUUCCAGAAUUCAUGCUACCCAUUCACUAAUGUUACCUUUUUCAUGCAUACUUACCACCACCAUCAAAUUCUAAGUAUUCAUUAUGAUUGGGAAAAUCGCACUUUUCAUACAUGAAAAGGGGGAUCUUCUCCAUGGUCCGCCAUUUUGAAUUUCCAGAAAUAGCCAUUUUUAUAUAUUUUCGUGGAUGUCAGCAAGCUAUUAGAGGCGAGUUCUAUUUUGUCGGAGCCGCCCAUUGACUAUCCAUGCUAUGCUCGUGUGAAAUUGGGUUUUGGGGGUCAGAUUUGUGUCGGAAGCGAAAAUGCUACGCAGUGCUGUCGGAGCCAAUGUGCGGAGGCCCUAAGUCUGUCCUGCCAGUCUACAAGCUUGACGCUACAGCCAGAGGGCCAGACUAUAUUUGUAUAUGCCAGUAUAUUUUCUUUUCUAUGUAUCGUUUGUCAUAUCAUUUGUCCUUCCUUGACUAUUAGCCCAAAGCAAUUUUGUAUUUUGUACGAAUAUCAGGUAUUUGUGGAUGCUAAUGUGUUAUUAUGCAAAAAUACUUAAUUGUACAAAAUAAAUGGAAAAUAAAAUUAUGCACCUAAUUUCAUCAAGCCAGUUUAGAAAUUCAGAGUUGAAGACCUGCACAUGGAUGUCAGUAAAAUAAAAUGUCAAAGCCCAAGCGACUAUACAGUACAUUUGGCACAGAUGAUUUGCAAUAUGGCUGUGGGGCGUGCUAAACCCAUUUCAUACUUUGAUCUGUCGUAAAUCUAAAUUAUAAAAUGUACUUUAAUACUGUGACCAGUAAUAAAAGUUAAGUUUAAAUAAUGAAGAAAAUCAAAUCUACCACAACUAAAUGUGCUCCUUGCUCCACCAAGGGCAUUUACUUCCUUGAAAAACAAACCCAAAAUACUUUCCUAUGCCUUUACUGACACUAGCGUAUCUGUCUUGAAGAAUCUCCUGAGAUCAUAUCUUUGAAAUGCAGACAAACAAACACAUGCAGUAGAUGCCUAUUUGUGU